CGGGCUGGGUUCUUUUCUUCUCUCUCUCCUUUAUCGCUUCACGUUCUCUCGUCCUCUUUCUUCCAAAGCUCAAGAUAACGCCUGACGCAAAGGGAGGCAAACUGCGGCGACCUCUUCUCCGUUUAAUUUAACGGCGGCAACGUCGGCGGCUUCCUGAUCGGAAUCCUAGGGUCUCAGCCUUGGAAUCGGUGGAGAUUUGGAUUAUUAUUUGGUUUGGGAUCACAGGGGCAAUCGAUGCCCCUUUGUUGCUACUUAAUUUCAUGCCGCCUGAACCUCUGCCCUGGGAUCGCAAAGAUUUCGUAUUCAAAGACCGAAAACACGAUAGAAUCGCCUCCAACGAUGCCCUAAGUGGCGGUAACUCUACCUCGCGGUGGCGGGACCCCUAUCACUUUCCCCGUGCUUCCCCUCGCCGUCCUCCGCCGAGUUAUCAUCGGCAAAACGGGAGUUAUUACCAGCUGUAUGAUGAAUCUAACGGCCACGGAUGCACGCCGUCAAGGUCUGACGACGGUUACAGGUCGUCUAACGGCAGGUAUAACGGAGGACGGAGUAGCAGUAGGGAGAGCCGUGGAUCUUUCCGUCGAUCUCCGUAUUUUGAUGGUUACGAGCCUAGUCACGUGACUUCGCAGAGGUCAGUCGCCGUUCCCAUCACCUCCCCUCCCCCUCUUCAAUCGAGAGAUCUUCACGGUGGUGGUGAUGAUCAGAGAUCAGAUCGGGAUCGAGAUCGGGACCGGUAUCGGGAUAAGGACAACUCUUUAGGGUCCAUUGAUUGGAAACCUCUGAAGUGGAGCCGUCAAAGUUCAAUCUCAUCUUCCAAGUCUAUCAGAUCGGACGUUGAAGAGGCUGUAAAUGGAUCUUUAGAGGUUUCGGUGCCAAAUUUGGGCAAAGAAACGCCGGUGAGGUCUCCAGUGAGCUCGCCAGCGCCUUUGGAGGACGGCGUGCCAAAAAAGAAGCCGAGGCUUACAUGGGGCCAGGGAUUAGCGAAAUAUGAGAAGCAGAAGGUUGAGGGAUCUUCAAAUAGUGGGAAGGAUCAAGUUAGCGAAUCUAGCCUGAGGGUUAUGGGGAUUGCUGGAUCCACGUCCCCAGCGACUCCUUGCUCUGCUGCUUGCCCUUCUCCUGGUACUGAGAAUAUGCCUUUUAGUAAGGUAACAAACAUUGAUAAUGAUACAGACAAUCACAGUCAAACAUCUGUGGUGGGUCUUCAAAAUCACUGGGAAGAACUUCUUACCAAGUUAGAUGAGUUGCCUCCUAUAUCUACAUUAGCUUCAUUACUUAAUGAUAUGUUGCAACCUGAAGAUGCUUGCACUGGUGAUUCCUCUUCCAAUAGAAAUAAUUGUGCAAAUAAAUUACCAUUAUUUAAAGCCGACAUCUCCAAGGAAUUGGAAAGAACUGAAUGUGAAAUUGACUCGUUGGAGAAUGAACUGAAGUCCUUUGACAGGAUGGAAAGAGUGAUCCUGCCCGUCAAAAUUACAUUAGCAAUAAAAGUUGACAGUUCGUCAUUGCCUUGUCAGCAGUCAGAUGAUGGUUCAGUACAAGUUUCAUCAAACUCAACUCCAGUAAAUCCUUCUGAAACAGCAGCGGUUGAGGAAGUACUUCUGCCAAUAUGUUCCUCCGGUGAACCUGAAAUUGAAGCGAAGUGGUCACACAAAGAUAUCCUGCGGACAGCUUCUCAUAAUAAUAGUGAAUCGACAUCUUCAGGCGAUGGGGGAGGAAUGUCCCUUGAUUUUGAGGAAAGGACAGUGAAAGAGAACAGCUCUGAACAUUUCAGUCAUUUAGACGCAGCCAGUAGCAAUGCUAAUCUUGACUUGAAUGUUGGUUCAAAUGAAAAGGUGGAGAAUAAUUUAGUAGCUUUAAUUAUGGCUUCUAAUAGGGAAGCUGCAAAAAAGUGUUCCCAUGUUUUUGAUGCUGCCUUGUGUAUGGCUUGGCAACAAUCUGACAUUUGGGGACCGGAUAGAAUGUUGUCCUUCAGGAAGAAUGCCAUGCAAGUUAGAGAAAAACUUGCUUUGCGCAAACAUCAAAUUAAAUUCAAGGAGCGAAUUCUUACUCUUAAAUUCAGGGCAUUCCACCACUUGUGGAAAGAGGAUCUUCGACUUCUCUCUGUGAGAAAGCAACGGCCAAAAUCACAGAAGCGCUUUGAAUUAUGCAGCCGUUCAGCACAGAGCAGCUCACAAAAACACCGUUCUUCUAUCCGCUCCCGAUUCACAUUGCCUGCAGGUAAUUUGACUCUUGUUCCUACAGCGGACAUUGUGGAUUUUACCAGCAGGCUGUUGUCUGAUUCCCUUGCUAAGCUUCACAGGCAAAACUUGAAGAUGCCAGCUCUGAUAUUGGAUGAGAAGGAGAGGAGUUUCUCUAGGUUCAUUACGAAGAAUAACCUGAUAGAAGACCCACUUUCUUUUGAGAAGCAAAGAUUGAUGAUAAAUCCAUGGACACAAGAGGAGAAAGGAGUUUUCAUGGAUAUGCUUGCCACAUACGGCAAAGAUUUUGCCAAAAUUUCUUCUUUCCUAACCCAUAAAACAACUGCGGACUGCAUUGAAUUCUACUACAAGAAUCAUAAGUCAGAAAGUUUCAGAGAGGUGAAGAAACAGUUGAAUCUGCGAAAGCAGCGACAAUGCUUAUCCACCAACAUGUACAUGGUAACAUCAGGGAAAAAGUGGAAUCGUGAGUCUAAUGCUGCGUCUCUUGAUAUGCUAGGAACAGUAUCAGUGGCCGUUGCACACAACAGCAGCAGUGGAAGGAGUCAACAGAAGUACACAGGAAGGUCUGUUAUUCCUAGUUAUCAUGGGUCAAAAGUGUCUCGUGGGACCUACCAUCACCACUCUUUUGAAAGGCCUGGCAAAGCUGAAAUAUCGAGACACGAAAAGGAAAUAGCAGGUAUAGAUGUUCUAGCUGGGUAUGGUUCUCUUUCUUCAGAGGCAGUGAGCUCUUGUGUUACUAGUUCAGUUUCACCUCCAGAAAAGAUGAGCAGUGUUAUAAUGGACAUGCCUGUAACACCAGAAUUUACCCAAGCGAUUGAAGAGGAAGACACUUGCUCAGAUGAAGGCUGUGCUGGAGACUCCUUGGAUUGGAUUGAUGAGGAAAAGUCCAUAUUCAUCAGAGCUUUGAGCUCGUAUGGUAAGGAUUUUGCAAAGAUCUCACAGUGUGUUGGAACCAAGUCAAGGGAUCAGUGUAGGAUUUUCUUCAGCAAAGCUCGAAAGUGUCUCAGCUUAGAUCAGAUCCAUCCAGGGUCCGGAAAUGGGGGCACGCCUGUCAGUGAUGCGAAUGGAAGGAGUGAUACAGAUGAUGCUUGUGCUGCAGAAUUGGACUCUGCAAUUUGCAGUACACAGUCCUGUUCCAGAAUGGAUCCGGACUUUAUGCAGUCUGUGACAAAUACUGGCGUUGAAGGGAUUAUUCAUGAUGGUAAUAUUUCCUCGAAAGCUGAAACUGACAGGUCAUGUAAGUAUGGGGCAGGAGGAUUUAAUCAGGAGGAAGCUGAUGGCAAGGUUGACAGACUAGAGUCUGUUCCUAGAGUUGAGGAGGUGGAAAUCGAAAUAAAAAAUCUUCAAUCAAAAGUUAUGGAAGGGAUUGGCGAUGCUGUAGUGAAACACGGUGAGCUUGUACCUUCUCAUGAUGAUGCAGAAUCUGGUAGAGGUGUGGGCAAAGUCGAAAAUGACACUUCUUCGUCAUUCUCGGAAGAUGAGAAAAUGAAGAUUCAGACUACUGAUGAGGUCCAGCAGGGAGUUAUUUCGAAGUUGAAAAGUGAAGUUGAGUUGCAGCAAGUCCCAAUGAUGUCUGAGACUGUUUCAGGGGAGAGGCAGGAAAAGAAGGUUGACACUUAUAAUAGCAGUAGUGUGAACUUUUCUUUUUCUGUGGAGUCCACUGUUAAAGAAACUGAUUCUUAUACAGCAUCUAAGUCGAAGGUUGGCCCUAAUCGUACUUUCAACUUUUCCACCCAUGAGCAAUCAAUGCCUCUGGAUCUGCUUUCUCAGAAGAGAUCUCAGUUGCUUUCAGCAAAGGAGCGGUCUUACUCUGCGCCUUUGAGCACAGUGAUGCCUGAACCUUCUUCCAUUUGGUCUGACGGCUCCUUCCGAGUUCAAUCUCACUCGACCCUUGAUUUUAAUGACCAUGUGCUUAAGCCGCACCAAGGGUCAGCCUCUAAAGACUUAUGUCAGCAACGUCAGUCGAGAAUCAACUUGAAUCAGGUUCAUCAAUCUUCACAUGUUCUAAGUGGCUACCCAGUGCAGGCAUUGAACCAGAAAGAUUCGAAGAGGGAGGCAAUUAUAAGCAGUGGAAAACAAACCAUGCAUGAAGGUCAUUUGAACAGAAGCUUGAGUUCUCAGCUAUGUCGGCACUUCGUUCCAGAUAUUCAGAAUGAGAAGAGGGAAGGUUCAGUACCUUCAAGGCCUGGGGUAUUAUUUUUUGACAGUAAGGAGGAUAAAUCAGACUCACAGUUAAGACCAUGCUCAAUAAAUCCAUCUCAGGAGACAGAGGAGCAGUCUACUCACCGAACUGGUGAUGUGAAGCUCUUUGGUCAGAUUCUUACUAACCCCCAUUCCCAUCAGAAGUCGAAUUCUUCGUCACAGGAUAUUGAUAGCCAGCCACCUUCCCAAAAACAGAAGAAACCUGCAACUGUGACGAUAUCAACCAGCAGAACAAGCAGCAGCUCCCUAUUCCCCCCCAAAGCUGAGAGCAUCUCCCAGUCAAGCCUUCAAGAGGUUCCUCUACAAAGUUAUGGCUAUUGGGACGGGAGUAGAAUACAAACCGGAUUCUCAUCGUUGCCGGAGCAAGCCGUCAUGCUAGCAGCAUAUCAAGGCUCCUCAGCGGGGACGCCAUUUUAUCCUCCAGCAAAGGACAUAGGCGUUGCUAGUUCCAGUGGUGCUGCGAGCGCCAACGGAGCUGCAAAGAAUUAUCAGCAAGCAUACGGUCAGCCUGAGAUGCAGAAGAGGAGUCGGUUCGAACUGGUUUCAGGUUUUCAACAAGGGGGGAGACCAGCAUUGGCAAGGCUGGGUAUUAACGGGGGAAGCCGAAGUGUUUUAGUGGGUAGUAAUGGGGUUUCCGACCCGGUGGCUGCACUCAAAAUUGCUAAGUUAUACACAGGAGAAGUUGAGUCAUGGACGAGAGAUGUGAACAGCAGAUAGCAGCGGUAAAAAGCGAGGAAGUAGAGGAGAAGGGUGGGGUGGUUGAUUUUCCUCCAUGCCUUUGUUGUACAAUAGUUAGUUCUGUAACCUGAAUGAAACUUUAGACAGGAGGGGAGUUGUGGUGGUUGCUUUUUCUGUCCAUAUUAUUUGAUAGCUUUAAGCAGUGUUUUUAUUUUUAUUUUUUUCAUCCCCGGGCAACGGGGUUUUCGUUAGUUUAGAUUAUGCGUCGGUUGUUUUUUAUCGGCAUACGGAGUGAAGCAUUCUCUCCCCAUGUAUUCUGCAGGUUUGCUGCUAUUUUUUGACUUUAAAAAAAAAUUCGGCAGCAGACCUUGAUUUGUUGAACUGACUAGCCAGGGUGGUAUGCCUUCUGACC